CUUAAUUUCUACUUUCUAACAUAUACUUUGCGCACACUAGAAAAUCAUAAACAAAUCUCCUAACUGAAAUUAAAUUAUUGAUACAAUGAAUAAGCAAAUUCAGAAUGUAUCAACAAUAAUUAUCUGCUCGUUGCUGCUAUUGAUUGAUACUGAAAUUGGAAAUUUUUACCGAUUUGUCGAUGGAGCACAACGGACGAUUCAAGUUUCCGACGAUCUAGACGACGUCGUUGACGAUGAAGAAGACGAGGCAUGGAGAGAAUGGGGAAGGAAGAAAUCGACUAGCUCCGAUUUCGAUCCGCCGCCGCCGGAUUUUGGUACGAUGAGUCCGUCGGAAAUUCAAGCGGAAAUGAUGAAGCGGCAGCUGGGUCCGGUUUUUGGGUUUGUUAAACUCCGACUUGGAACUCGGCGGACUCAGGAGAAAGUUACUGAAAUAGCGAUGAGAUGGACCAAACUAGCAAGAACUGGAGCAAUUGAGGCAAAGUUCAUGAGUGUUGAUGUGAGCACAAUCAUGUUUACUAUGGAGAAAGGUCAAGACUCUAUAGAGUUGAAAGAGUUUUUGUUGGACCAACCAGAAGCAUAUGAGAUUAAACUAGGGGACCAACUUUUUCGAAGACCAGGAGAUCCUCCUUUUGAAGAAGUAUUUGAGAAGAUUCAGAGGGAGAGAAGCAAAGUCGAUCAUACCAGCUUAAAGAAGAAUCGGCAUAAUGAGUUGUAAUCACCAGAAAAGAAAUCUUGACAACUAAUUUUGAUCACUUAUAACAUGUAUUAUCAGGAGGGCAGGUGUAAAUGGCUGGCAUCUUACAUAAUCUUUUUUUCGACACACACUUGACACUCUGUGCUUACAAGCUAUGCAUCCAAAUAAUCAGUUAAUUCUUCUGACGUUCGAUCAUUGAACAUCUUGUGUUGGGAAAUAUC